CGCAAACUAAUACGUCUAUUGUGCUUCUACAGAUGUCUGCGGGUAGUGAUUGCGCACACGAGCGGGGGGAAUAAAACCACCCGCUGUUUCCCUGUCCGUGGGUUAGGAAGCCCCAUCUUUUUUUUCCCUCCCGAGGCGAAUUACCUAUGCAAUCAUGAGUUUCGGCAGUGGCAUCGGGGACAUCAUCGCGAUUACGCAGCUCGCCUGGACUGUUUGGAGCGGCUACCAGAAGGCGCCGAAGGAAUUCAAGGACAUCUGUGGCGAAAUCCACCGGUUUGCAACUACCCUCGAGGGAGCGCCGCCGUCCUGGCCCGAUGCGCAGACGCAGGACCGGUUCCAGAGGAUCGUUCUCGGCUGCAAGGAGCUCCUCGAGGAGCUGAACAAGAUCCUCGAGCAGAAUCAAUCGUUGGCGGACUCGAAGGGCAGCAAGCUUGACCGGCUGAUGUGGGGCGAGGACCUCGGCGCUCUGAGGAUGCGCAUCGUGACAAAUAUCAGCAGCCUCACGAACUUCUAUACUUCGCAGCAUCUGUAUUCCUUGCACCGCAUCGAACAGGAACUUGGGAAAUACAAGAUCGACUCCUCGAAGAUGACGGUGCCGCACACGAUCACCCCACCGCUGUCCCCGCGCGCCGACUCGGCACCAGCAGGCUCGCACUGGGAGCCCCCCGCCACACCCCCGCCCUACCCCGAGCGAGCGCAAACCCUCCAGGCCAGCCCGAGCACCAAACGGCCCUCCUUUUCCGGGCGGACCUCCAUCCCCUCCAACAAGAAACCCACCCUCACCGCGAAGCUCUACAGCUUCACACACAGCCGGCAGGACCUUCUCGAAGCCAUCGACCAAGAAAACCUCGCGCUGGUACAGCAGCUCGUGCACGACUACGGACGGGACGUAAACCACGCCUCGAUCGACCGCAACGGCGAGACGCCGCUGACCCUCGCCGCGGCGCUGGGGCACACGGACAUCGUACGAUGGUUGGUCGAUAACGGCGCGGACUUUGAGCGGCGCAACCACUUCGGCUUCUCGCCGCUAGCGGCGGCCGCCCGCCUCGGGAAGCACCGCGUCGUCGGGCUGCUGCUCGAGCGCGGCGCCGACACCGAGGCGAAGGAUAAGGCGUUCCGCGCCACGGUGCUGCAGCUCGCUGUCGAGGCCGGCGCCGUGGCCGUCGAGUCCGUUCGCCUGCUCCUCGAAGCGGGCGCUGACGUACAUGCGACGAAUUACGCCGGCAGAGAGGUCGUCCACUACCUCCAGAACACGCUCUCCCCCGGCGUCCGACAGCAGCUCAUGUUCAUGCUUAAAGACUACGGCGUGUCGAUGCCGCGGAAGAGCAGUCGCGGCUCUGGUGCUACGCCGCCUCCGCCCUAUGAAGGCUACCGCGGAAGCGCACCGGUUUCGCCAUCGCAGGAUGUCGAUUCGUGGUAUACUUCGGUGCCGUAUUGGAAACGGUUUGGGAGGAAUAGUCGGCCGCAGAGCCUCGGGAAUAAAUAUGAGGGCCACCAUUGGGCGUCAAUGUCGCAUCCGGUGCCCGAUGGUUAUGGGCUGUCGAAUGCGGCGACAACGAGUUGGUAGAGCUACCGGGAGACUCGAUGGAAUGCAGGACGGUGGGCCGUGGGGAGGAGAAUAAGAGGGCGAUCCAACGCGGGUGCGGGAUGGUGAAUCGAAUGAUCGCUUGUGAUUUAACGGAUCGGUGCGGUAUGUAUCGGGAAUAGCACGGUACGAAGCUGGGGGGGCCAUUUAUUUACUAAAGUGCUGUGUUUCCGCGGAGCGAAGGAAGAGUUGGAGAGUAAAUACUGGGAACGUCAGGAGUUGGUACGGCUGUAAAUAUUGUCUAGUCGGAGGGGAGGGGGUUUUUAUUUAUUUAUCUGGCGUCGUGUUUUUCUUUUGGUCUUUGGUUCUGUAUCGAUGGAUAGGUUGGUUUCAUUUUCUGGAUGCGAAUUCUUUUCGUGCCUGUAUUGAAGUCGUGGACAGUCCUUUCGGGAAUGUGAAUUGAAUUCGAAUUCUCC